UCCUGCGGUGUAUUGAUGCUCCUCCAUCGCACUGUCUGACCACGCACCUGGAGCUCGAGGCCCGGCCCGCUGCACAGUCGCGUUCCGCUCACAGGCUGGUACCGGAGGGUACCGUUUCAAGUCAGCUGAGUGCCACUGGGCAGACUGCUGGGACAGGAGAGAAAGCAAACACGUACACGACGCAGUGGGCGGACAACCAUUGCUCCUGGCUGCUAAUAAAGGAAAACCGUGUGUCGGCUGUGUGUCGCUGGAACAACAGACAGCCCAGCGGAGGGAGCGCGGCACGGGAUCCCGCCUGCACCUGCUUUGUUGUCUGUGCUCGUCUCGUUCACCGUGCGGAUAACAUGUUUCAUCGGAGCGCUUUGUUACUGCUGCCCGUCUUUUGUAACAUCAUCAGCAACUCCAGCGCUGCAUCCCCAGCAUCCCGGAAGUGUGAGGACAGCUUGGCCACUCCUCUUCCAUACAGCUCCUUCACCAGUUCGUCACUGUACAGCCGAGGAAAUGGAGCUGGUUAUGCCAAACUCACCCGGAAACAAGGUUCUGGAGGGUGGUCCCCAUUGGAUACAGACCGUUACCCGUGGCUACAAGUAGACCUUGGUUCUAAGAAGCAGGUGCUUGCCAUAGCAACACAGGGUUGCUAUAGUAGCUCGGAUUGGACCAUAAAGUAUCGGCUACUUUACAGUGACACACAGAAAAACUGGAGACCUUAUCUACAGGAUGGAAACUUUUGGACAUUUGAAGGGAAUGUAAACAGCGAGGGUGUAGUUCGCCAUGAGCUGCAGUAUGCCAUCCUGGCCCGCUACAUCCGUUUCAUCCCAGUGGACUGGAGCAGGGAGGGUCGCAUCGGGGUGCGCCUGGAGCUGUAUGGCUGCUCAUACUGGGCUGAUGUGAUUAGUUUUGAUGGGCAUGGGGUCAUCUCCUACCGCUUCAGGAGUAAAAAGUUAAAAAUUGUGAAGGACGUCAUCUCUUUGAAGUUUCGGACCACAGCAGGAAAUGGGGUCCUGCUUCAUGGAGAGGGACAGCAGGGGGACUACAUUUCCCUCGAGCUUCACAGAGCAAGACUGCUGCUCAGCAUCAACUUAGGCAGCAACCAGAAUGGUUCUAUUCAGGGUCACACGGCUGUGACCAGUGGAAGCUUGCUGGAUGAUGACCACUGGCACUCGGUUGUCAUCGAGCGUUAUCGCAGGAAUGUCAAUUUUACUUUAGACCACCAUACUCAGCAGUUCAGGACCAAUGGAGAAUUUGAUCACCUGGACCUGGACUAUGAGAUCAGCUUUGGAGGACUUCCUGUGUCUGUGAAGCCAACCUCAGGAGGCAAAGAGAACUUUGUAGGCUGCAUGGAGGGAAUUACCUACAACGGGGAAAACAUCACUAGUUUGGUGCGCAGGAAGAAGGUUGACACCACCAGCUUUCGUAACCUGACAUUUUCCUGCGCCGAAUCCAACACCUCCCCAGUUUUCUUCAACUCCACAUCCUUCCUGCGGCUGCCGGGUCAGACUGACAGUGACACCCUGUCAGUCAGUCUGUCUUUCAGGACGUGGAAUCCCAACGGCCUUCUGAUGUUCACCGCCCUGGCGGAUGGCUGGGUGGAGCUGGGCCUGACGGAGGGAAAAAUCACCGUCUAUAUGAAUGUGACACAGAAGAAGAACACACGUAUAGACAUUUCAUCAAGUUCAGGUCUGAAUGAUGGACAGUGGCAUAGUGUCCACCUGAAUGCACUGGAAAACUAUGCAAUGCUGACAGUUGAUGGAGAUGAGGCCUCCACAGUUAGAACAGCUAUCCCCAUCCAGAUCCAGACUGGAGGAACCUAUUACUUUGGAGGUUAUUUUCUGCAAACGAACACCAGAUCACAUCAGCGCUCCUUCCAGGGCUGCAUGCAGAUGAUCCACAUAGAUGAUCACCUGGUGGACCUCAAGGCGGUGGAGCAGGGCCUCAUUGGAACUUUUGAAAAUGUCAGCCUAGAUAUGUGUGCCAUUAUAGACAGGUGUGUUCCAAACCACUGUGAGCACAACGGUCACUGUUCUCAGACAUGGGACGCAUUCACCUGCAACUGUAGUGGCACUGGCUACACUGGAGCUACUUGCCAUACCUCACUGUAUCAGCAAUCGUGUGAGGAGUAUAAGCACCAAGGGAAGAGUUCGGCCAGCUACUGGAUAGACCCAGAUGGCAGUGGGUCUAUAAACCCUUUCAGAGUCCACUGUGACAUGACAGAGGAUGUGGUUUGGACCACGCUAAGGAACGACCUCUCUCCUCAGACCUCAGUAUCCAGUGCAGACAAGGGAAACGCAGUGCUGCAGAUAUCGUACAAUAUGACUGAUGAACAGAUGUUGUCAGUAACCAGCAGUGCAGAGUACUGUGAGCAGUACGUCGCCUACGCUUGCCGAAUGUCCCGCCUGCUCAACAGUCCAGAUGGCGUCCCUUUCACUUGGUGGUUAGGAAGAGCCAAUGAAAAGCAUUCUUACUGGGGGGGUUCAGGACCGGGGAUCCAGAAGUGUGCCUGUGGUAUUGAACACAACUGUACUGAUCCCAAACACUACUGCAACUGUGAUGCAGACCUGCGUGCCUGGAAGGAGGACUCGGGCCUGUUGGUCUACAAAGACCACUUGCCAGUCAGUCAGGUUGUGGUUGGUGAUACAAGCAGAGCUGGAUCUGAGGCCAAACUAACAGUAGGGCCACUCAGAUGCCGAGGGGACUCAAACUUCUGGAAUGCGGCCUCCUUUACAAGCCCCGCCUCUUACCUCCACUAUCCUUCUUUGAGAGAUGAAACCAGCACUGACGUCUCUUUCUACUUUAAGACAUCCUCCACUCAUGGAGUCUUUCUAGAAAUCCUGGGAAGCACCAGCUUCCUUCACAUUGAGCUCAGAGCCGGCUCAGUGGUAUUAUUCUCUUUUGGCAUUGGUACUGAGAAGAUGGAGCUCAGUGUCCGCUCACCAGUGCCAUUAAAUGAUGACCAGUGGCAUCGUGUGGAGGCUGAAAAAAACAUCAAGGAGGCAGUGCUGCAACUUAAUGGACAGCACAGAAUGGUCAGGCCCACCACCUUACAGGGCCAUGCAAAACCAGAGCUCUACAGUGAUCUCUCUGUUGGUGCUUCAAGUGGUCAAAGGGGUUUUCUGGGCUGCAUGCGGGCUCUGAAGAUUAAUGGUGUGACCUUUGACCUGGAGGAAAGGGCAAAAGGGACUCCAGGUGUGAAUCCAGGCUGCCAGGGCCACUGCAACAGCUACAGGAUGCACUGCAGAAAUGGAGGAAAGUGUGUAGAGCAGUACAAUGGAUACUCCUGUGACUGCUCCCUUACUGCUUAUGAUGGACCCUUCUGCACUGAUGAUGUAGGCGGCUACUUUGAGACGGGGACAUUGGUGCGUUACGACUUGCUGCCAGAGGGGGGAUCUUUUGCGUUGAAGGACGUGAAGAGUCUGUCAGGUGUUGGUGUUUCAAGUGAGGCCAACCUGACUCAGGAGGAGCUUGUGUUCAGCUUCAGCACCUACAGUGCUCCCAGCAUUCUUGUCUACAUCAGUUCCAGAACUCAGGACUACCUGGCUGUGGUGGUCAGACACAAUGGCACUCUCCAGAUCCGCUACAGCCUUGGAGGGCUUACAGAACCAUAUACCAUAGAUGUUGACCAUCGUAACAUGGCCAACGGUCAGCCACAUUUUGUCAACAUAACUAGGAACUUAAGGGAGAUACGGCUACAGCUGGACCAUUAUCCAGUGUCCACAUAUAUGCUGCCUGAGGCCUCUGACACCCAGUUCACUUUGGUCAAAAGUAUCUUUCUUGGCAAGGUCUUUGAAACAGGCCAGAUUGACCCCAUCCUGAUCGAGCGCUACAACACACCGGGUUUCAUGGGCUGCCUGUCAAGAGUUCAGUUUAACAGUGUAGCACCGCUGAAAGCUGCCCUGCGCUCGAACAUAGCAGCACCUGUCAGCACCCAUGGGAUACUGGUUCCUUCAAACUGUGGAGCCUCCCCCCUGACUAUCUCCCCCAUGGCUUCAGCCAAAGACCCCUGGCACAUAGAAGCUGGAGCUGUUUUCAACCUCAAUGAGGACAAGUUCAGUGGUGAUGGUGUGGAUCGCAACUCGGCUGUCAUAGGAGGAAUCAUCUCCGUGGUGAUCUUCAGCGUCCUCUGCAUCAUGGUGUUUGUGAUCCGUCACAUGUUUCGUCACAAAGGCUCCUACCACACUAAUGAGGCUAAGGGAGCCGAUUCAGCAGACUCUGCCGAUGCAGCGAUCAUUGUCAACGAUCCGGCCUUCACCGAAACCAUUGAUGAGAGCAAGAAAGAGUGGUUCAUCUGAACCCUCGUCGAUAUGGACACGUUAGGAUGUAGUUUUGUAGGCAUAGGGAGUAGCUGGAGGUGACGACCUACUAACCCUGGAGGAUGUGCUGAGGUCUUUAGAGACAGUGGAAACCAUUGGUAUUUUAGCUUGGGUAUUAAAGCACAGGGCGCAGAAGUGCCUGGCAGCGACAGUGUGGAGUGAUUCAUAUGAUGGAAUGACAGCCUUCAGUGUACGGUGCCAUAAAGUUUCAGGCCUUGGAUCAGUCAGUAUGUUCAUUUGCUUUUAUCUUAUAUUUUUAUAUAUAUCGCUCUGACUUUGAUUUCAGUAUGUAAUGUAUUUAUUUAUUGAUAUUAUAUUUUUUCAAAUGUUUAUAUUAUUUAUUCUUAAUUUUCUUUGUGUUUUUAUUUUAUGUGUUUAUGCUUUACUUCUGGUACUUUGACUUUAAGAACUUUGGCAUGAAUUAUAAUAAUUAUGAAUUAGUCCCAAUACACCUUUGUGCAUAUAGCAAAAGUAAAUAAUUCUAGAGUGUUUUUGUAUAUUAAGUGUGAUACGUUAUAAUUUGCCUUAUUUUUAUAAAAUAAUUUAUUCCAUAUGUUGGUAGAGUUUAAUUUUGGUUCUCAGACUAAAAACUAUGGUGUGUGUGUGUGUGUGUGUGUGCACGACACACACACACACGUGCAUGCACUAGCUGGCUUGCUUGUCUGUAAAGGAGAUGUAGCCAUGACAUUGUUUGCAUCAUCUGAACUCAGAGCUUCUGUUGAUUUCUGCAUCUGAAUGUGUCUUUCAAAGACUUUUUGGUACUUGUACUUUUCCUUUCUUGCUGUGAGUUCAGGAAACACACUCAUCUUGUCUUAAGCUGCCAUUUGUCCAGGGCCAGACUACAAAAACAUAAUAAAUAAAUAACUUUAUUAAACCUUACAUGAGCCUUCAAAUCCACAGUGAGGCAGCAUUAAGUUUAUCUUAGUGAGUCCACUACCAAGGCUGGUGAGGGAUGAGUAAAGCAUAGCGCAGGACUGUAGCAAACAAAUACUCUAACUUCCCUAAAGUGAACCAAAUACCUUCCAACAGCUCCCAAAGCUGGCAGAUGUAUUCACUGUCAGCUGCUGAGAGCUAGCCACAAACUCCACAAUCAAGACUAAACUGUGACUCUAACAGCACCCCUUCAUUACCUUCAUAUGCUGAAGGUAACAUGUGUGACACAAAAUUUUCUUGCAAGCUGGUGGCAGAUCUGCGAUAUGUCCGCAUUGAGGUCAAAUAAAGAGCAAAAGUAGGAAAAAGCAGCAGCCUUCAUAACACUGUAAAUGAACUGUAGAUCUUAAAAAAGGGUUUAUGGAUCAGGAAAGAACUCUUAUCUUGGAUAAUAUCCAAUUUUGCACAGUGUUACGAAUUAUUAUAUCAAUGAGCCCUCCCUGUAAUAUAAGAUAGAGUGGACUGACAGCAGAACAGUUUCAUCAUGCUAGCUUACACAAGUUCAGGUGAACAGCAGUUGAGAAGAAAAGCCCUCCUGCUGCUUUUGCUGACUUGCUGUGACUGAACUAAGCUGCAGGGUUGGUUUCAUUCUUUGUGGUUAACUCCAAGGUUAAAGACAUUUAAACACCAUCGCUGUGGUAGAUGAAUGUGACAUGAAGCAGAUACUCAUCAUCAAACAAGCAACUGAUCAUAUUUUGGCAGCAGGACAUUUUCCACAACCACAGAGAAAUUCCUAUUUUCAUUUAGCACAGUCUCUCAGAGGUGUUGUUUUCUCCUCUAUGUCCCUGAAACCAGAAUAACAGGUCAGAUCAUACUGAGAGCUGCUCCUUCCAGUAGAGCAGCUACGCUGACUGGAUUCAAGCUGGUGAUAAGUGUGUUUUUGUUUCUUUUAACUGGAAAUAUGUUUCUAUAAAGGAAUGUUUGUCAGUCACAUGCUAAUGGCUUACACUUGACAUUUGAUUGUACUGCAUUUGUAUUCAUUUGACUGCAUUGAGAUGUAUUGGCAUGCCAUUUGUCACUGAAUGACACUUUUCUGUUGAUGAACCACUGUAGCAUCACAUUGCUUUUUCUUCAUUGUUGUGUGUAUAAAUGAUUAUCAUUUAUAGCUGAUUUCUCAUUCUUCGUGCUUUAUAAUGCCUCUUGGAGCGAUCUGUAAAAUACAAGUAUGACUCGUACCCUCAAUGAUCAGUUUUUACAAAACGCACUUUCAUCACGAUGACGAUGAGUCUUCACUCGGGACCUUGAAGUGACUCUCGUGCUUUAUCACUAUAU